AUGAGAUCAAGCUGUGUUUCAGUUAUUACAGUUGGGGCAAACCCAACUAACACAACCACCUUAAUAGACAAAUGCACAACAUUGUCCCAAGUGCGCCAAAUUCAUGCCCACAUCAUCAAAACAAACCUCGUCACUCACGCACUCUGUGUCGCUAAACUCAUCAACGUUCUUUCCCAUAGUUGCAAUCCCUACGACGCCGUUUCCGUUUUUGCCCACGUGCUCUCUUGCUUCCAAGACAUGCGAGGAAUCGAUUUUUCUGUUCCCUCUGUUCUUAGAGCUUGUGGAAGGUCACGUGCAUUCGAGGAAGGGAAGCAAAUUAUGGGUUUCGUUUUGAAAACCCAUUUGUGGGGUGACCCGUUUGUAACGAACUCUUUGGUUCGCAUGUGCUUGGAGGUUGGUAUGAUUGAACUUGCAAGAUCAGUGUUUGAUAAAAUGCCUGUAAGAGAUUUGAUCUCUUGGAACUCAUUACUUUCGGGGUAUUUGAAAGCUGGUGAGAUUGAAAUGGCACGUGAGGUUUUUGAGAAAAUGCCUCAAAGGGAUGUGAUUACUUGUAAUGCCAUGAUUGAUGGGUAUGGGAAGCAUGGGAUGUGUGAGCUUGCUGAGGAGGUUUUUAUGGGCAUGAGUGUAAGGGAUGUGGUUACUUGGACAAGUAUAAUUUCGGGUUUUGUGAUUAAUCAUCAACCAAGGAAAGGACUAUGUUUGUUCAGAGAAAUGUUGAGUUUAGGGGUUCGACCUGAUGCUCCUGCUAUUGUUAGUGUCCUUUCAGCCAUUGCUGAUCUGGGUUUUGUUGAGGAAGGAAAAUGGAUACACACUUACAUAUAUACUAAUAAGAUACAUCACAAUUAUAGUUUCAUUGGAUCAGCACUCAUAAACAUGUAUGCUAAAUGUGGCCAAAUAGAAAAUGCUUACUUUAUAUUUAGAAGCAUUUGUCACCGGCGAAAUGUUGGUGACUGGAAUUCUAUGAUCUCUGGUUUGGCUUUACAUGGAUUGGGUCAUGAAGCUAUUGAGGUUUUCCAGGACAUGGAAAGGGCAGAACUUGAGCCUGAUGAUAUCACUUUCUUAGGGCUUUUAAGCGCUUGCAACCAUGGAGGCCUCAUGGAGGAGGGCCAAUUUUAUUUUGAAACCAUGCAGGUGAAGUACAAGAUAGUUGCUAAAAUUCAACACUAUGGAUGCAUUGUUGACCUUCUUGGUAGAGCAGGUCGCUUAGAAGAGGCACUUGGGGUUAUACAUGAUAUGCCUUUGGAGCCUGAUGUUUUAAUUUGGAAGGCCAUUCUCAGUGCCAGCAUGAAGCAUAAUGACAUUGUAAUGGGGCACACUGCUGCAUUUCGAGCUAUUGAAUUGGCUCCAGAAGAUUCAAGUUGUUAUGUUCUUCUCUCAAAUAUCUAUGCCAAAGCAGGAAGGUGGGAUGAUGUGAGUAAAGUUAGAUCAAUGAUGAAAAGAAGGGGAGUGAGGAAAAUUCCUGGAUGUAGCUCCAUUCUUGUUAAUGGUGAAGUCCAUGAGUUCCUUGUGGGUAAGGCCAUGGAUGUAGGGUACAACCAAAGUGUUAUCUCAAAGUUAGAGGAGGUUGUGUGUAAGUUGAAGUUGAAUGGAUAUGAACCUGAUCUCAAUCAAAUUUUUCUUGAUAUUGAAGAGGAUGAAAAAGAGUGCCAACUAACUCUUCACAGUGAGAAAAUGGCUCUUGCCUUUGGAUUGUUGAGUGUGCCAAAAGGUAUUCCCAUUCACAUAGUGAAGAAUUUAAGAAUUUGUUGUGAUUGUCACACGUUCAUGCAGCUGGCUUCAAAAACCUACGAACGUCGAAUUAUUGUCAGAGAUCAAAACCGUUUUCAUCAUUUUGAUAAGGGCUUCUGUUCCUGCAGAAAUCAUUGGUGA